AGACUUGAGAAAUCACCAUGUAUUCCACACUCGUCGCUGCUGCCCUCGUGGCUCUUGUCGCUGCUGACGGCAUCCCAGACUUCGUUGUACCUGGAAGAUGCGCUAAAGUGGCCAACCAGGACAAGUUCGAUCUUCGUAGGUAUUCUGGCCGCUGGUAUCAGACCCAGAUCAUCGACAACGCCUACCAGCCAUACACUCGCUGCAUCCACUCCAACUACGACUACUCUGACUCUGACUACGGCUUUAAGGUGACCACAGCUGGAUUCAGCCCCAACAACGAGUACCUGAGACUGCAGGGCAAGAUCUACCCCACAAAGGACUUCCCAGCUGCCCACAUGCUCAUCGAUUUCCCUACUGUUUUCGCCGCUCCCUACGAAGUGAUCGAGACUGACUACGAGACGUACUCGUGCGUGUAUUCCUGCAUCGACUGGAACGGCUACAAGUCCGAGUUCGGCUUCGUCUUCUCCCGCACCCCACAGACUUCCGGUCCAGCGAACGACAAGUGCGCCUCCGUCUUCCGCAAGAAUGGAGUCGACUUCGCCUUAUUCAAUGACGUUGCUCAUACGGCCGAAUGUGUCUACAGAGCUUAGACAUGAAAUAAAUAUACAUAUAUUUUUUAUCAUGAUUAUUUUUGGUUACUAUAAACGAUGUAUACAAAUAAGAUAUGAUUAUUUCAUAUCAAAUUAAGCGACUUAAAUAAACCUAAG